UGUGUCAGGCGUGGUUGGGGCGGGACUUGCUACUGCGCAUCUGGUGGGUUAUCGAUCUUCAAAAUAACUGAGGCCUGUAUAUGAAUGUCCUAACUCAUUCCUGUUAAGUUUGUGUCUUUUGUUUUGCAAUUGAGGUGAUUAUCAUUAAGUGACGAGAAAAUGACAGAGUAUAAAUUGGUUGUGGUUGGUGCAGGAGGCGUUGGAAAAAGUGCAUUAACAAUCCAACUUAUACAGAACCAUUUUGUGGAUGAAUAUGACCCAACAAUAGAGGAUUCGUACAGGAAGCAGGUGGUCAUUGAUGGGGAGACAUGCCUGUUGGAUAUCCUGGACACUGCAGGUCAAGAAGAAUACAGUGCAAUGAGAGAUCAGUACAUGCGUACAGGAGAAGGGUUCCUUUGCGUUUUUGCCAUUAACAAUACUAAGUCAUUUGAGGAUGUUCAUCAGUACAGAGAACAGAUUAACAGAGUGAAAGACUCUGAUGAUGUUCCAAUGGUGUUAGUUGGCAACAAAUGCGACUUACCGUCUAGAACGGUAGACACAAAACAAGCACAGGAACUAGCAAAGGGCUAUGGUAUUCCUUUUAUUGAAACCUCCGCCAAAACAAGGCAGGGAGUUGAAGAUGCUUUCUACACGUUGGUGCGGGAAAUUCGUAAGCAUAAAGAGAAGAUCAGCAAUGGUAAAAAGAAGAAAAAGUCACCAAAGCGAAAGUGUACAAUCCUUUGAAAAGACAGAAAAUCUGAUAAAUAGUGUAUUGGACUUUAACCCAUUGUGAACUGUGCUCCACAAAAACCCAGAACUGAUCAGACUAUUAUGAACUGGAACAUUUUAAGGCAAGGAGAAGACAGCGCUGCUUUCUCUGUCUGCAAGUGGGAAUGGGGAUUGUAAAGUCAUAUGUCCACUUCAGAAAUGGCAAAAAAGAAAACCUAGAAUUUUUUUCAUUCUAGAUGAAUGUAUAUUUCCUUCCUUGCUGGUUUGGAGUUAAGUCUUGAUUUGAAUGUUGGAAUGUUACCCAAAAGGUUAAAAUAAGUGACUUGAGAAACUAGCCCAUUUCAAAUCUCAUGUCUUAAGCAUUGCGGAGCGGCGACAUGGUUUGGGAGUGAGAGUUAUUGGAAAAGAAAACUCCCAGUAGCUUGGUUAAGUGGCCAGUGUGAAGAGCUGCAAGACAGAAAUUAAUUCUAAAUGUUUACUUGUUGCUGACAGGCAGCACAGUUUUGUGCUUAGAAUAUAGAUGUACUGUGAGCAAAGAUCAAGUUAAUUUUCUUCACUGUCAGGCUUUGUGGUUUAAGGGUUAAAAGCAUAACUGCUUUGAAAUUGUGUUUUGUGUCCCUGCACCUAUGUAAUAUUUGUACUGCUAGUUUUAAGCUCUGUUCUAGUGAGCUGCCCAUUAAAUGAGAAGUGUUGUGGUUGUUGAUGCCCCCCAAUUGUGCCUGAGCUCUUCAGGUAGGUGGCACACUGUGUUGCAUAGGCAUUUUCUUUCAUCCAUUACACACACAGCUGUUCAGCAGUAUUCUGGAUAGUAACAUACUGGUUAGUGCCAUCUUUAUGAAGUGUGCUCAUUUUGUUGAAAACUUGCAAUGUUUGGCCUUAAAAUGGCCUAAUCGUUUGAAAAACACUGGUCUGUUCAAAAUGCUGUAAAGAAAGAGUACUUUUAAACACCA